CCACGAGCUGCCACAUUCCAGCCCGCGUGGACGACCUUUGUGAAAUAAAGGUCAAGGCAAAAUAGCGCCGCUCGCUGCCACAGAUUUGUUCUUGAUCCUCUGCAAAGAUGACUGCAACUUACUCGGCAGUCGUUUGGAUCAGCCACCACGCGGGGCCGGAGCGUUUCAAGGAGAAAGUCAUUGAAGUAGGAGGAGCGCAACUUUUACGACUUGCAGUUGGAAGCGAGUCCCCAGUGCAAGGCAAAAAUCGACAAGACAAGGCGACUUUCAUCGACCGCACACGGUGGCAUCCCCCCAAAUCGCUACAGUCGGAAUUGAAGAAAAAACAAAGCCAGAGUGCGACGGGCCGGUUUUGCUUUGCCGGGCCGGGCCCGCUUUACAGGGCCUCGUUGUCGCACCUUCCAGGCUUUCUCGAAGUGGAUCCGUUUCAGCAGCUCAAUCACGCGACGACGAUGAUGCCAGCGCGCAUUGCUUGACGCUUGAUACAUUCACUCAAAUGUGCGUCGAGCGCCCCAGUCGGGCGUGAGGGGCGAACUUAUUUCGCCACCAUUUUUGAAUGACACAAUUGGAUUUCCACCCGACGGAUCCGGAAGGGAACCGCCGGCCGGGAUGGGCGGAAGAUGGCAGAAAUGUGCGCUUUUGGGAAAAGCCCGCCGCAAGACGUUCUCUGCAUGUGCGAUUCCUGAGCAUUUCUCUCAGUUGAGCAAAUGUUUUCCCAAGCGGUUUGUGUUGAUGGUCCGCCACGCGCCCCGUCAGGCCUCCUCCUCCUCUCCCUCUCCCUCUCCCUCUUCCGCCCAGGUGAUGGCGCAACACGCCGCACCCUGGCAUUCUCUCGCCUCAGGCUGACAAAACACAGGCCUGCCUGCCUGCCUGCCUGCCUGCCUGCCUGCCCGUCGAAGCCGAGAGCGGAGCAAACGCACCGCGUCGGGCUUCUUUUUCGCACUGGCAAACGUUUUGACGGACGCCGGCAGCUCAAUCUGUUAAGUGUUGCCUCCCAAAACUUUUUUUUUUAAGGAUUCAAGCCCCCGCUUUCGCGGUGCUGCACGGCUAAGUCAACAAUUGCGGUCGUCGGACACGUGACUGCGUACAUUCCAGACAGCUCAGGAUGAGAUGAGCCCCAGCCGACCGUGACGAUGUACGAGGUGAUGUCCGGCGACACCCCGUCCUGGAAGGCGCCCGCCCCGAGACAGGGCGCCGCCGACCCGCCGCCGUCGGCCGGCGAGGGCGACGGGCCCGUCAAGAUCCUCAAGGUGUGCUUCUCCACCAACAACAACAACCUGGGCAAGAACUUCAAGCUGGUCAAGUGCGACGGAUCCUGGCAAAUCAGGGCGAUCAUCCGAUCCAUCCUGAUCAGCGGGCGUCUGGGUCCCAACGUGGAGCACGCGGAAUGCUUCGGCCUCCUGCUCAAGCACCUCAAGUCCGACGAGCUCCACUGGUUGCAUCCGCAGCUGACGGUCGGCGAGGCGGAGCAGCGCUACGAGAGCCGCCACGCGGAGGCCGAGUGGAGGUACGACCUUCGCAUCAGAUACGUCCCCGUCAACUUCUUGGAGAAGUUCCGAGACGACCGCUCCACGCUGUUGUACUUCUACCAACAGGUCCGCAACGAUUACAUGCAGCAUCACGCCAGCAAGGUCAGCCAAGGGAUGGCGCUCCAGCUCGGCUGCUUGGAGAUCAGGAGGUUCUACAAGGACAUGAACGCAAAAGGACUGGAGAAGAAGUCAAACUUUGAGCUGCUGGAAAAAGAGGUCGGCUUGGACCUUUUCUUCCCUCUCGAGCUGAUCAACAGCAUGAAGUCCAAGCAGCUGCGCAAGCUGAUCCAGCAAACGUUCCAGCAGUUCGCAACGCUCAAGGAGGACGACUGCAUGGUCAAGUUCUUCCAGACGCUCAAGGAGUUCACCAGUUACGACGAGGAGGUCUUCCCCUGCGAGCUGGUGCAAGGUUGGAGUCUGGCCGUGGAGCUGGUCAUCGGGGGGAGGGGCAUCCGCCAGCGCGCGCAGAAGAACUCGGCGCCCGUCUUCCUGGCCGACUUCAAGCAGAUCAAGAAGGUGCAGUGCUUGCCUCAGGGCGACGGCAAGGCUCUCCUCGUUCUGGACGUGGAAGGCGCCAGACAGCGGCUGUCCGUCAACGUGGUCGACGUGCCCGCGGCCGAGAACAUGAUGGACCUCAUCGACGGGUACUGGCGCUUGGACAACAACUCGGAGGAGUCCGUCAUCUACAGGCAAAACCACGAUGCCAGCGCGCGGAGUUCCCUCCCGGAGAUUCCGACGGGCAGAGACGUCGGCUCCGUCCGACACAGCGUGGGCUCGGAUAUCUACUGUGAGAUCCCGGACGAAAGGCCCCGAUCGGCUGUCAAAUACGGCAUCGACCGCGGCGACAUCACGCUCGGGCGAAUCCUCGGCGAGGGCUUUUUCGGCGAAGUCUACGACGGCAUCUACGCGGCGCCGGACGGCGAGCGGGUGAAAGUGGCCGUCAAGACGUGCAAGGACUGCUCGCCCGACGUCAUGGAGAAGUUCAUGAGCGAGGCGGUCAUCAUGAAGAACCUGGAGCACCCCCACAUCGUUAAGCUCAUCGGCAUCAUCGAGGACAACCCCGUGUGGAUCGUCAUGGAGCUGUACGAGUACGGCGAGCUCGGCAACUACCUGACGACCAACCGGAACAAUCUGACCAACACGACCCUGGUCCUGUUCAGCCUGCAAAUCUGCAAGGCGCUGGUCUUCCUGGAAGGCGUCAACGUGGUGCACAGAGACAUCGCCGUUCGAAACGUGUUGGUCGCCAGUCCCGACUGCGUCAAGCUGGGCGACUUCGGACUGUCGCGCUACAUCGAGGAUGAAGAGUACUACAAAGCGUCUGUGACCCGAUUGCCAAUCAAGUGGAUGGCGCCGGAAUCCAUCAACUUCCGACGCUUCACCUCCGCCAGCGACGUCUGGAUGUUCGCCGUGUGCAUGUGGGAGAUCCUGAGCCGAGGCCGCCAGCCCUUCUUUUGGCUGGAGAACCGAGACGUCAUCAACCAGCUGGAGCAAGGCAUCAGGCUCCCCAAGCCCGACGACUGCCCGCCGGCGCUCUACUCCCUGAUGACCCGCUGCUGGUCCUACGACCCCAGAGAGAGGCCCAACUUCACCGAGCUGGUGGUCAAGAUCAGCGACGUGCACAAAAUGGAGAAGGAGCAGGAAAUGGAACGCAAGCGGGACAGAGCGCGUUCCACCAAAUAUUUCGACGGCAAGUUCAAGUUGGCCGAGCCGCCGCCCAAGCCUUCAAGAAAGAAACCGGGCAGAUUCGGGAAGACGCCGAGCGUCGGCUUGCACAUCCAGCUGAACGAGGCCCUGUGCGCCAGCUCGCCGGACCUGGCCGGCCCGUGCGACUACCAGUCGCCCGCGGACGCCGUCGGCAACACUCUGCCGCUUCCGCUCAGGUCCCCUCGACGUCGCAGCGUGGGGUCGCUUAUGCUAACCCUGACGGAUUGCUGGGUUUCCGGCCCCCCGCAGGAGAGCGACUUCCCCCGAGCGGAGGCCGACAUCCGCGAGGACGCCCGACGCCUGUGGGAGGCGGAGCGCCGGCAGACGCUCGCCACUUUACGUCGGCAGAAGGCGCAGAUGGCCGCCGACAAAGUGUGGCUGGAAAAAGAGGAGCGCCUCCUGGACCCCGUGGGACCGGAAGAGAACCCGACCCCAACGUUCAACGAGGCAGACGCCGACAAUGUCCAAGGAGCAGGCGUACCUAAUCAAGGGUCUUGCGUUCCAGGCCCGCCCCUGAAGCCCCCCCGGCUCACGGCGCAGCCGGCGCCCACCGCCGAGCUGGACCGUUCUGACGACAAAGUUUACUCGUGCGUGAUGAACGUGGUGAAGGUUGUGGUGCAGCUGAAGAACGACAUGGCGGACACGCAGCCCGAGCAGUACGUCACCGUCGUACAGUCGGUGGGGAUGGCCUUGAGAGAUCUGAUCGGCAGCGUGGACGACAUCCUGCCCGCUCUGCCCGAGUCGGCGCGCACCGAGAUCGAGGGCACCCAGAAGCUGCUGAACAACGACAUGGCGGAGCUGAUCAGCAAGAUGCGCCUGGCCCAGCAGAACGCCAUCACGUCGCUGCGGGACGAGUGCCGCAAGCAGAUGCUGGCGGCCGCCCACAACCUGGCGGUGGACAGCAAGAACAUGCUGGACGCCGUCGACCAGGCCCGCGUCCGCGCCGACCUGGCCAAGCCGGCCCGGCCCUGACCUGACCUGACCUCCCGAAGGGGUCGUGCCGAUUUUAGAGCGAGUGCGUCGUUUGAAUUUCAUUCUUUUUUAUUCUGAUUGUGGGGAAAAAAAAAAAAAAAGGUUUUUCAAAGGGUUCCAAUAAAAAGGCUGUCGUGGUCCAU